CCUGACAAGAUGCCUAAGAUUCCUCCUGAGACCAAAUUGUUAAUUAUCAAGAGCCUGAAGACCAGAUCCACUGCAGAUGUGGCAGCCACCUUCAAUGUGUCUCAGCGUCAGGUACAGAGGAUAAAAAAAAGAUAUGAACAGACUGGAGACGUUUUUGACGAGCCCAGGUCAGGCAGACCGCGCAAGACAACUGCUCGGGAGGACCAGUUGUUGGCUGAAAAAUCCAAAGACAGCCCUUUUUCCACUGCAGCAGUGCUCCACGAGACCUGGUCACCUGAAGUCCCUGUGUCAACCAGAACAGUCUAUCGAAUUCUGUCUAGAAAUGGCCUCCAUGGUCGAAUCAGUGCCCAGAAACCAGAAUUAAACAAAAGACAAUUAAAAAACCAUGUGGCAUUUGCCAAUGCCCACAGCCUGUCAAAAGGAUGGACGCUGGAAAAGUGGCAGAAGGUGGAUUUUUCAGCUGAAUCUCUCAUUGAAUUACACCAAAGUCGCCGCAAACAUUGCAGGAGACCUACUGGAACCAGCAUGGAUCUGAGAUUCACUCAGAAAACAGUGAAGUUUAGUGGUGGCAAAAUCAUGGUCUGGGGUUACAUCCAGUAUGGGGGUGUGCGAGAGAUCUGCAGGGUGGAAGGCAACAUAAAUAGUCUGAAAUAUCAACAAAUCUUAGCUGCCUCUUACAUUCCUAACCAUAAAAAGGGACAAAUUCUGCAGCAGGAUGGUGCUCCAUGGCAUACUUCAAGCUCUACCUCAGAGUUCCUUAUGGCAAAUAAGAUCAAGAUCCUCCAGGACUGGCCAGCCCAGUCACCAAACAUUAACAUUAUUGAGCAUGUCUGGUGUAGGAUGAAAGAGGAAACAUGGAAGACGAAACCCAAGAAUGUUGAUGAACUCUGGGAGGCAUGCAAGACUGCUUUCUUUGAUGUUCCUGAUGACUUCAUCAAUAAAUUGUAUGAAUCCUUGCCGGACUGCAUGGAUGCAGUCCUACAAGCCCAUGGAAGUCCUACAAAAUAUUAAAUUUGGAUCUCACAGCACCACUACUUAAUCCGCUUAUGUUAUGUAACAUAUUUUUGUAUUUGAAGUAAAUUUUUUGUUCAAUUUUCACUCUACUUUCUGUAGGCGACAAAACUUUUGUCUUGCCAAGAUUUGACCUUUAUGUCUUCUUUAAAUGAUAAUGAUUUAAAUGAUUAUGUCUUCUUUAAAUAAAUCUUUUUUCAGUGAAAUAAAUAUAUUUUUGUACAUUCAGUGUCAUUUGGGAGGGUCUUAGCUUUCAUAUGUGCCAUUUCUGAAACCAAUUGAAUUAUUAAAAGUCCGGUUGUUAGCAAUUGUUUCAACAAAAUGGAUAAGCGACAAUACUUUUGUCAGGGACUGUAGGUUAUUGUUUUAGAAAUGUCCAAUUUGCUGAAUUACAAGUCAUUUGGUUAUUGAAUAAUUACGUAUAUGCAUACACACACACAGGGUGACCCCAAAUAACUGUGAAUUUUUGAAGUGGUGUUGGCAGACAUGAGCAAGUGACAGCACAGAGACGGAGACCUUGCCAUAAAAAUGUAUUAUGAAAACUGUAAUAGUUUGACAGCUGCACAGAGGGAGUUCUGACGUUUUUACAACUUGGGAUGUCAUGGUGCUGUUCUAUCAAAACAUGCCAUGAAAUGUUGGAUUACUAACUUUGAAGGGACUGCAUCUGCCAUAAAGAAACCAAAAGGAUGACCAAGAAAUGCUCGUACUCCACAGAACGUUGAUGUUGUACGCAAGUCUGUCUGGGACACCCGGCGUACAAUUCAUAAGCAAGCAUCCGCGGUUGAAAUGUCCUGGGGGAGAGUUCACAGAAUUCUUGCUUUAGAUUUAAGAUUUAAUCCAUACAAGCUGGAGAGUGUAACAAUUGAGGAAAAAAAACAUUACCUCCUGCGAGAAAUAAUAACGUACAUAAAUGGUGAUGAUGAAUUUUUAUGUUGUAUGUACUGUAGGGGUGGAAACCUUUUGGGUAGCUCGCGAAAUGAUAUGACGUGCAAUACAAGGCUCGCGAUAACAAUGCUCUCACUAUUAUGGAUACAUGGGUCAGGAAAUUAUUCCUCAAUACAACUAGUAAAAAAACAUAUUUCCUCCACACCCAUCUCACCUUUUAAACCCCUGGCCCAUUUUUAUGCCUGCUUUUACUUAAGAGGUAUGGUCUAUUGUUUUUAGUUGUGAUUUCUUAAAGUAAAUAUUUAUCGUGUUUAAAUGGGUGUACUUGUGCUAUUAAUAUAUACUGUAUUCUCACUGUGUAAUUGUAAAUUGGUUAAAAAAAAUUGGGGGGGGCGCAAUAAUAUCGCUUAUCGCAAUUUAUGAGAUAAAUUAUCGCACACUAAAAUUUGUUAUCGCGACAGGCCUAAUGAAUAUAGUUUUUUUUUUUUUUAAUUGGCAUGUUGCAAGGUUUCGAUCACUUUUUCUUCCAUCACUUUUGGUUUUAUUGGAUUGUCAAAAUGUUUUUGUGGGUCACCCUGUAUAUGUGUGUGUAGAGUAUAUAAUGUACAUAUAUAAAACUUGAAAAAUGGUGGCACAUAAACAUGAAACGAGGACCUUGAAAAAUCGUGAAUGUAAUUACAGUUUGCGUGCAUUCUUUAAGAAAUCUAAUUAGAAAGACAUUAUAAUGGUAAUUCAUUUGUAUAUAAAUCAUACUGCAUGAAAGCAGAAGAUGGAAGUAAAGUGAAGAAUAUCAACUAUACUCCAGAAGGUAAAUGUGUUAUUAGUUAGCAGUGGUGGAAUGUAACAAAUGUACUGCAUUACUGUACGAAUAUGAAGUGGUACUUUUUACUUCACUACAUUUUACUGCAUGUUUCUGUACUUUUUACUCCACUACUUUUCAAAUUAUCCUCAGUGUUAAACGUUACAUCUUUCUGUCAUUGUGAAUUGUUAGUUUUGUUUUCCUGCCUCCAGCGCAAGCAAGCAGCCCCGUGCAACUAUACUGUUAUUGAGCACUAGAGGGAGCAACACGAGUACAGGCAAGAUUAGGCAGGUGAACAAGAGAUUGACCAAUAAAAACCAACAGUGAGAGCAUCGCACCUUCAGAUGGGUGCUGCAUACUCUUGUACAAUAAAUAUUGGGAGUAUGCACCUUAUUAGUGCUGUAACGAUUAAAUGAUUAACUCGAAUAUUCGAUUAGAAAAAAUAUUAGAAUUAAAUUUUAUUGCUUUGAGUAUUCGUUUAAUUAAAGUGGAGUUGUAAUGGUUUAUUAUGAAAGUGUUUGCACUUAGUUUUGAUUAGGGUGGAUACACUGCCCUCUUGUCUGCCUCAUUUCACAUUGCUGAAUCAAACUGCUCCCUGUUAAGACCAACGUAAGCUAAGUUUUUGUUUGAGCUAAUUUUUUUUUUUAUGCAUUCAUAAUUUAGUUUAUAAGUAUAUUUAGCUGUUUUUUUUGUGGGAUCAUAUGAACCAUUUGUUAAGAGCAUUGUAAAACAAAAAGUUAGCAUUGUAUAGCAUUUAAGCUAGCAGACUUUUGCUAUGUAAGUUAGCCAAUUGUUCUUUUGCUGUACAUGGAUCCUCAUUUUUUUUUUUUUAAAUACCGUUUGAGGCUCAGCUCAGGUAUUUUAAUUUUUCAUGUUCCUUAUCCGAUUACUCGAUAAUUUGAACUAACUAGUUCAUCGAUUGAUCGACAACUAAAAUAAUCGAUAGCUGCAGCCCUACACCUGAGCUUACAAUCAGCCAUUGAGAUAAGUUAUGGAGUUUUGGGAGCUUUUUAAGCUACUGUUUACAGAGCAGCCAAUUUACUUUUUUCCAUUCUGCACGGUUAUAUAAUUUAAAAUAUAAAACUUAUUUGUAAAUUGUAAAUUUUAAUGUACUUCUGUACUUGAGUAAUUUUUUAAGUAAAAAAAAGUAUUCAUCCACCACUGUUUGUUAAUCAUUACCUCAAACAUAUAAAUUAUGAGUUGAUAAUUUAAUUAGUGAAGUUUUGAGAUGUUCAAAAACAUGUUUUCAUGAUGUACCCUAUAUGCAAAAUGCCAAAUUUGUUCGAUAAUAACCCUUUCAGUCCUGUGGGGAGUGUUUUCAUUUAAUUUUUUUAGGUGUUUAUCCAUCCUUUGGCCCGUCGCUGUGGUCCCUGAAAAUGGAAAACAUACCUUCCUUCCUUUGGGAAUACAUGGGCAGAAGACUUUUUUUUUUCCUUUCAGUUUUGGUAGCUAAUGCUUGGCCUUUUUUUCCUCGUAAAAUGUUCCCAAGUGUGCAAAAUGUCAUCCAGCCCAAGAACAGUUGUUUUUACCAUCUUCCACUCUGCUCUUAUGGCCUUUUUGCAACAUGAGAUUAACCAUUUUUCUUUAUUUGCCCCAAACUACAACUUUUUUAAAAAGAAAAAAAAAAAGUUUUACAAAUUAAAAAAAAAAAAAAAAAAAAAAAAAAAAUGGAAAGGACUUGAAGCCACCAUCAGUAAUGUUAAGCAGUCUGGCUGAGAUGUUUGAGUGCCCUGGGCGACCUCCUGGCUUCGCAUUUCCCUCUUAUCUCAUGGAUCAAGUGUUCCUCUAGGACUUCAUACUGAAACAAGGGCACCCCAUCAUCAACCUACAAAAGAGGAAGAGAACGUCUCUACCUUCCUCAGGGAGUCUUGCUGGCCUGGAAGAAGCUGUUGCUGAGUUCAAAGGUCAUAGCCGAUCGGCGCAAACCAAGACUUUAAACCGGCCUCACAAUGACUGCCAAUGGAGACGACUGCUACUUCUUUUACUAUUCUACAUGCACUAAAGGAGACAGCUGCCCUUUCAGGCACUGUGAAGCAGCAAUGGGCAACGAGACCGUUUGCAAUCUCUGGCAGGAGGGACGUUGCUACCGAAAUGUCUGCAAGUUUCGCCACAUGGAGAUCACUAAAAAGCGGAAAGAAAUACCGUGCUAUUGGGAAACCCAUCCAGCCGGGUGCCAGAAAUCCCACUGUGCCUUUUUCCACGAAAAACCACGUUGUGUUGAUGGUAUUCUUAUUCCACCUGACCUAAGUCAAAACGUGAAAGAGGAACAGCUGCAUGAAGAGCCAUCCCCACUGCCAGCCACUCCUCUCCCUACUGCAGCAAAUCCUCAGUUGAGAGGUGUCAUGAAGACAGAAAGCCAAGAACCAGUCCCAAGCCCUACUCACCCACCAGUGGUGAUUAACCCAGCAGAUGAUGAUGAGGAUGAAGAUGACCAAUUUUCAGAGGAAGGAGAUGGCCCUUCCCCAAGAAAAAAACCCAAGCCUGAUGAACAACACAACUUUGGAGUCAGCACUCUGGAAGAGAUCCGACUAAGGCGGGCUUUAAAAGCGGGCAUGAAUAGAGCUAUUAAUUCUACACAGAGUGCUGAUACCUGUGUCAGUGGAGAGAAAGAAAACCUCAUUUCAACCAUCCGGCUACCGUUAAAUUCGUCAAACGAAGAAAUUCUGAGAUCAAGAGGCAGUGUCGCUAGUAGGCUUGGAAGACCAAAGGACCCCACAUAUUUGAAGCAUGGAGAGGGUCUUCCUAUGAAAAACAGCCUAGCAAAACGUUUGGGUAGAUUUGUGGUGGAAGAAGGCCAAGUUCCCGAUCAGAAAGGUAUGAAGUCGAUUAAGGAGCGACUUUCUUUGCCUUCUGCCCCUGUUGCAACCAGUCAAGCAGCCGAAGAGAUCAGCACACCCAAGCAGAUUCACAUCAAAACUCUGGAAGAAAUAAGAUUGGAAAAAGCAGCCAAGUCUCGUACCCAGAAGGACUGUCUUCCUCCUAUGAACAAAGAAGUAACAGUUACCAAGACGGCCCCCGUCCAGACACCCAGGGCUGUAAAGCGAAAAGUUCAUGUCCAAGAACAUUCCAUUGAUUUCAACCAACCCACUACUGAAAUCCACCACACAAAGAGGAAAAGAAAAGAGAAUCAGCAGGAGAAAACACUUGAUCUUAAAAAGCUCAAAUCAACAGCUGACAAUGUCCCUGGGAAAUAUCAGCAAGAGGCAGUGACGCCAGUCCCCGAUGCCCCAAAAGCAGGAGAGGUUAAAGUGAAGACCUUGGAAGAGAUCCGCAAGGAAAAGGCAGCCCGAAUUCAGUCUGAAGAAGUCAAGAGUACCAACACUGAGGAGAAUGGUGUUAAGAAGCCACAAUUGCUGCAAAACGAUAGACUGACAUCCCAGUGUGACAUGAGAGCAGAGAAGACUGUGGAUUUAACGAGAAGGACACGGAAAGCUCCUGCUAGCCCUGAGAUGACCUCUCUAAUUGUCAAGGUCAAAACAUUUGAGGAGAUAAUGCGUGAAAAACAUCUCCGCAAGCAAGAAAUGGCUGAGCAAGCUUCUGUUAGCCAGCGGGCCUCUGAUACUAAGGUUUCCACAAAACCCUUAGUGAGUGCUGGUACUGUGCUGAAGAAGAUUCUUCCCCCAUCACCUGCCAGCCGCAAUCCUGAUAGCAGCAAUAUUGCACCCACCCAGAAUAUCCUGGUUCGCAAAUUCAAAACUGUUAAAUCGGACUCGGAGUCUAUAAACAACGAUCCAUCAGCUGUCGUCACAACUGUUUCAAAGCCCCCUCAAGAAGACACUAUUGUACUUAGUCCUAGGAGCUCCAACAAGGUCCCAAAUAAGAACACAAGGAACUUAUUUUCACAAUCCUCAUCUAAGCAGACAACUUCAGAGAGACUCAAUUCACCAACAGUAGAGAGUCCAGAUAUUGAUAAAACGCAUACCACAGACAGAAAAGUGCGGCCCAAACUGAAUGUGAAGCCAUCAGUCAUGAAGCCAGACUUGCAAGUCAAUGCAGGCCAGAAGAGGAAGAGAGCAAUGCGGUCCGCUGUAGCUGCUGUUAAACCUCUAAAUAGUGCCGCCAUAGAUUUAGAAGAAUCACAACAGCUCACUCUAAAUAGAGACCUAGAGGUUAUACCGUCCUCCAGUAAAGAAACAGAGCUGAUAUCUUCAGUUUCAUGUAGUCCCAGCUCUUUAUUGGAACCCCUCCACAGCUCAAGUGAGGAGCUACAGACCAUCCAGAUUCUGAAACGCAGUCCAAGCCAAGAAACCAAGAUGGUUGCUAGUCCUGCCACUGCAACAGAGGACUAUUCUGCCCCUUCAAGCUCCGUCCUGAAGGCAACUCCUCAAAGUAAAUCUCGAAGACAGAGCCUGAUAGUGUCACGCAACUCAACGUCUGCUGCCGAUGACUUUGAGGAUCUGAUCAACGAAUUUACAGAUGAUCAUCUAGAUGAAGAUGUGGAUCCUGGCAUUGGGGAGGAUGAUCUACUGCAAGAACUUUCAGACAUGAUUGGCAGUUGAGGCAGCUUUUCUAUUGCUGCUAGCUAUUAUUAUAGGAAAUACCCCGUCCUAAAUCAUUGCUAGCCUCGGCUAAAUUAACACUUAACACUGAAAGCCAAUAUACAACCAGUUUACUUAGGAUUCAUGUGUUGUCUUUUACUUAAAUCUUAUUUCAAAACAGCAUUGACAAUAUCUGUUAAAUUUUAAGUGUUGGAAAAGAAAUGUGUUAAGUGACAAAGUCUGUAUACUGUGUAUGCAUUAGUAAAAUUUAAAUAUGUAUAUAAAUAUUUCUGCAGCUUUGCUUUUAAUUUCUAGCAGAUGUCACUUGUACUUUCGCAGCGACAUCUGAAAAUGCAACGAAUAUCCAUUUAAUGUCAGAUUAUUUGUGUUGUGAAUCUGAAAUAUCGAGUAUUUCCAUUUGCAUUUUUCUGACAUGUGGUAUAUUAUUUCCUAGGCCAUUACCAGUAGAUUACGCUGUUGUCCUCAAUUGAAAAGACUUGUGUUGACACCUCAGGGAAGACUUUUUGUUUUAUACGCCCCCGAGAAAUAUUUAGGAAAUGCAGUCUUUUUCUGUUUUGUCAUUUAUUGCAUUGCUCUCAGAUGCUAGAGAACAGUUUUCAUAACACUUUUUCACAAGUUCACUGUUCAAAGUGAUUUGUUCACAUGACUGUAAAUAAAAAAGGAUUUUAUUUUA